CUGUAACAUAUAAAAGCUGUUAGCAGCGCCCCUGGCCAGAAGCUUCACAACUAGCAGAGUUUAGUCCUUUGGGGCGUUGUAAUAAGAGACACUCUUUCACAAAGGUUCAUAUCAUCACAUAGGGGAGUGCUAUAUAUACUGGGAGAACAAUAGACUCAGUUCUUUUUUUUUCUUGGUAUUAUCCAGAGAUCUGUUUUCUGCUGCCCUGACUUAAAGCAGAGUUCCUCUGUGGCCUAUCUCUCUCCUUUGGCCCCAAAAUGACAGUAAUUGCUGCAAUCAGUUGUACUCUCUUAUUUUCCGUUCUCUGUGAAACAAGUGCAUUAGUGUUGCCCAACUCCACUGACCUAUUCCUGUCAGACAAUAAUUUCACUGACAUUGAGACGGCUUUGGCAGCUCAUCUGGACUCUGCAAACAUUCCCAAAGCCAGGCGGAAGCGCUACAUUUCACAGAAUGACAUGAUUGCCAUUCUUGAUUAUCAUAAUCAAGUCAGAGGCAAAGUCUUCCCACCUGCUUCCAACAUGGAAUAUAUGGUCUGGGAUGAAACACUUGCCAAAUCUGCAGAGGCUUGGGCUGCUACAUGCAUUUGGGACCAUGGACCUUCCUACCUACUGAGAUUCUUGGGCCAGAACCUGUCUGUAAGAACUGGAAGGUAUCGAUCUAUUCUCCAGCUGGUAAAGCCAUGGUAUGAUGAGGUGAAGGAUUAUGCUUUCCCUUAUCCUCAAGAUUGCAAUCCCAGAUGCCCCAUGCGAUGUUAUGGACCCAUGUGCACCCAUUACACACAGAUGGUUUGGGCCACUUCCAAUCGUAUAGGCUGCGCAAUCCACACGUGCCACAAUAUGAACGUCUGGGGAUCUGUUUGGCGACGAGCUGUUUACUUGGUAUGCAACUAUGCCCCAAAGGGGAACUGGAUUGGAGAAGCACCAUAUAAAGUAGGAGUCCCAUGUUCAGCUUGUCCUCCAAGCUAUGGAGGUUCUUGUACCGACAAUCUUUGUUUCCCAGGAGUAACAUCAAACUACUUAUACUGGUUUAAAUAAGUUAAGGUUUACAUUAUUUUGAAGAAAGCCCACGGAUAAGUAACAAGAAGCUUGUAUAUUGAAUUUUGCACAUAUUAUAUAUAGAGAGAUAUUGUAAUAAUACUCUGAUGUUUUCUUUUUGUAUGCUGUUGUAUAAUUAACUUUCAAAGUAUAGUAUAAUUUGGUUUUAACACUUUGGGAUUUAAGACUCACAUUAUCCCUUUUAGAUUAGCCUUUGUUAAAGGAGAGAAAAUUUUCACCUUAGCAAGUGUAGCUUCCUGAAGGUUAGUUUAUAUUAAAAACACAUCAAAAUAUAGAAUAUUACUUCAUUUUUAAAAAUAAUAGCUCCAGAAAGAGAAGGGUCAUUGUUUAAUACUGUGCUUUAAAAAUGGAGUGUGACAUGCAAAGCAACAAAUGGUCCUCACACUCCCAGUGAUUCCUCCCAUUUACACCUGUGCUUCCACCUGCAAUGUCAAUGGGACACUGAGCAGACAAAUACAUAUGUGCAAGAGAAACUGCAGGUUAUUACCUACCUCAUGCACAGCGUCAAUUGGUUUAUUGUGUUUCAAGAGUUCAGCACAUGGCUGCUGCUAUCAUCAACAAUGUCUGUGUGCAGACAGGAAUAUUAGGGAGAAUGGGGAACCACAUUGGCCAAGAUGCAGCGGCUGUUAACUCACAAGCUUAAAGUCUUAUCUAGAUAGAAAGCUACAUAAUUUUAAAUAUACUGGCAUAAGAGCUCAGCUUGAAUCUACAUUCUUGUAUUUCUGAACACAGUCGUAAUGCUUAUAAUGGUGCUUUGCAGGAGUAUAUUUAUUCUUGUACAGAAAAGCAAGGAAAUAUAUUGCUACAAAGCAACAUCCAUCAAUACAUGACAUCCAUACUGUUUUUUACACUAUCAGUUUGCCAGUAUAUAUGUUAUCCUCCCGACUGAAACAUAGUCAAGAACCAGGAAAGAUCAGACCUAAAAGUAGAUAAGAAGAUUUGUAAAUAAAAGUCAUCAGGAAAUUUUAAAAGUUCAUAUAAAUUUCUUACAAAAAUUCCAAAUUUCUAAAGCAAUUGGCAGUGUCCUUUAAAAUAUAUUUUGCUGUUUCCUGAAAAUAUCUGUGUGAAUUAUUAAAAACCAAAUCUGCCAAAAGCUUUCCUCCCAAAAAUUGAACACCUUAUGGGUGCUUGCUAGAAUAUUUAUAAAGAGGGUCUACACAUCAAGCUAGAAUAUCAUACAGGUACUUGACUAGAAAAACAGAUUAUGGAAAGGAAGAAAUCGAAUACCAACCACAACUACUCCAUCAUUGAAAUAGCCUUGAGUUUUGGGUUUCUAUUACAGGGCAGAAUGUACUCCACUUUAAAUAUACAUGUUUAGUAGCAUGUAGCAUGUUUACUGCUUGCAUUGCUACAUUUAGACCUCUGAAAUUCAUGAACUUUGAAAAGCAAUACUGAGUAGAGUAAGUGGAACAACAGAAGGUACUUUCGCUAGUGCUACACAUGUAUGUAUCUUUAAGUCACUAAUUCAGUCUUUUGAGGGUAUUCAAAACAGUCUGUCUCCAGAGUAGGGAGUAACAUAUUGGUGAUACAAAAGAAAGAUCGGAGUCUGAAUUCUUCACAUUAGUUAUUCUUUUUCUCAAGCAAGAUAUCUGGGAUGGGGGGAACAGGCUGUAUAGUGUAUGAAACGUAGCAGCCCCUCUCUAUCUGUCCAUAAUCUGAUCCUUCAGAGAAUGUCAGCAGCUGAGCUAUGGCUCUUCAGACAUUUCUGGUUAGUGACACUUCUGUAUCUGACAGGGCAUUAACUAGACAGGUAUAUUGCCUUUCAAUGUGUCCACGUGGUAAAAGAAUAACACUUCUAAUAUUCUACUAACAUUUAUCUUAACAAUUACAAUAUAAACAUUUUUCCUUAUGUUUUCAAAGGGGUUUGGACUUGGACAGUGCUCAAUCAGCCAAGUACUUUGGCUGAGUAAAAUCCAGUCCUGUUUCAGGAGUGAAAGAAAACCUCUUUGUAUCAUCUAGGUACACACUGAAAUAAUUCAGUGAAACAGAACUACUUGGUGGGUCACUAGCCCUCAGCCAGCACAAUUUUUGACAAAAUGCAUGUGACAAAUGCAUUUUUGUUCUGCAUGAGGAAUCUUCUAUAGAGGUAAAGACAGCACAGUUAAAACAGUGCAUCUAGCCAUUUUUCAGUAUUUUUAUUAUUUUUUUUUUUUAAAGAUACAAAAUAGGAAGCAGAGCAUAAGAAAAAGUUCAGGUUAAGCCGUGGAGCCUACAACAGUAGGUCUAACAAUAAAUGACUACGCACUUUGAAACUUGCAACUUGUAUGUUGUACGGUACACUUUCCAAGCAGGACUAGACAUUGUAAAUUAAUUUAUAAUUCUGUAAUUCAGCUGAAAUUAUUAUCACGGGUAUAUAUGUUAUCGUAUCUGUUACUUUUUAAGUUGCUACAAAUACCUUGAUUUUGUGUAAUAUUUUGUUUUCUGUGGAUAUAGAAAACUUUGCUUUUAACAAACAGGUAUGCAGGUUUGUCACAACGUCCCAUAAUGGUGCUAGGAAUUAACUAUCAUAAAUCACACUGUAGUUGACAGCAGCAAAAAAUAUUCUGGAUAUAAGCUAUUUCAUACGAGCAGCUCCUGAUAAAACCAGUCACAAGCACUCAAGCAUUAACUUAAUAUUUUUCAUUGAACAGAGGGGAUUACAGCUCAUCAGAUAUUUGAUUAACACAUGAAAUUUCACCUUCCACUUUAAAGAAGGCAGCCUUUCUGUAUUGCCUAUUUGAAUUGCCCCAAUUUAUAUUAUCUUUUUUUCUCUUGGGCCAGGUAAUGACAAUGCCAGUAAAGCUCUACUCUGAUUGUCAGUGCCACUGCUGCCUGAUUGACUACCUGACACCAAGUGCUGCUACAAAAAAGUACUGAAAUGUGCAGAAGACUUCAGUUGUCUUUGGCAGCUCUAAUACACGCUGAGAAAAAUGCUUGAUGAGUUCAAGGCCAUGCUAGGCAAACUACCCCAGUAGCUAUUCUGAUGGCCCUGAAGAACUAAUUUCUUCUCAGCAGAGGGGUGUGCCUUUAAAGAAAGAGAAAUUAGCUCCAACUUCUGUUCUGAAUGUAAAAUUAUAAAAGUAUAUACAAACUAAAGGAAAAAAUAUUUUUGGUCAAAAUACUAUGAGAGGCAUAAGAGUAAAAAAUGGGGUAAUUGAUAUAGUUAAUUACUGAGUGCAGCUGUUUAUGAUAUCUACUUGUGACUUUCUGCCUCAUUUAAACAUCUAAAAUGAUGGGUAGCAAUUGAUACCUUUUGGUGCUAACCUCUAUGUUCUGGUGCUGAAGUUACAGAUAUUUUUUUUUUGGUGGAAGAUGGGGUUCUCUUCCAAUAUUACCAUAUGCACUCCAGUGUUUGUGAGAUCUUUUUCAGCUAAGCAUAUAAUUUACCACUAGGCCAGAUUUGCUUUCGAAGUUCCUUUUUGUGGUUGUUUCAGGCUCUAAUAAGAGUUUUAUGUGCAUCAGAUAGGAAAAUGUAUUCAAGUUCAAAACCAAAACAAACAACACUCUCCCCUCAUCACAACAGGAAAGUGCCUGUGGAACAAAUUAUUGAGAGAGUAAGACCUCUGACAGUCAUGACUUCAUAUUGAUGCUGAACAAGUUUUAGUGAUUCCAGAUCCUCUCUGUGGAAAAUAAAUGACUUCAGAAAAUCUGGGCUUGACUUUGGACACUUAUCCUUGGGAUCUGUUCUCUGAGAUCAGUUUGUUUCCCUAUGAAUUUUAGAUGAGUUGGAUCAGGUCUCAGUGAAAACCAUAGAAGGUUUAAUAUAACUUUUGCAGGAAUUAAAAAGUUGGAUUCCAUGAGAGCUUUAUGAACAGCAAAAUUAGACUUCGUGUGCCAUCUGCUAUCAACACUGGAAAAUACCAUGAGGCUCUGAAAGAGGAAACUUCCCAGGGCACAAGUGAUGUGUGCCUCAGCUGUGACCUAACAGAACAAAAUAUAGCUGUAUCUAUAUUCAUGUCUAUGUCUAUAGAUAGAUGGAUAGAUACAUCGAUAGAUCUGUUGAUAUAGUCUCUCCGAGGACCAGGUUGAAAGCAUGGAUGCCCUCUUGUGGUUGACAAUGCUGCUAUGUCGGCUUGAUUACAUUGGAAUCCAAGAGGUUUUAGGAUUUUUUUAAAAACAAAUGCAAAUUUAAAUCUUUUGGCCUUGAUUUUAAAGACACAUGACUUAGUGUGUCUGUUUCCUUUGAGAAAUGAGGUGCAGUGCAUAACUCCUGCAUUUCUUAGCUUUAUGUGUUUUGUAAGUACAGAACUCAAUCACAGCUGUCCUUGCUGUCGGUUUCCUAUUGUACAAAGUUUUAUGACUGUGAGGUAAAACAGAGGUAUUCAGAUAUCAAAAGAAUUUUUAGAAGCAUUAAAUCAGAUAUAGUUCUUAAAAAAUAGGGUGUGGAAACCCUCAUUACGCAGAU